AACUCCAGUAUUUCCAUCGUUAUUUGAAUGUACGGCCUUGARUGGGUUAAACGAUUUCUCCAGUAUCUACUGUUUAUUUGUUGUGUGCAAAAUGUCGACGUCUGACGUUAGUAUAAUGAAUUCUUCAGAAAAUUUAUUAAAUAUAUCCAAGGAGUCCUUCAGCGCUCCCUUCGUUAAAAGUAGCGAAGAUCUCCAGCAGUCAGAUACGCCUACUUGGCUAACAAAAGACUAUUUGGAACAGUGUCUACGUAAGCAUUACAAGGAUAAAAAGCUAAAAAUCCUCAGAUGGGACGUUCGUCCAGCGCUGGGAAAAGGUGAAAAUUAUGGUGGUGUUUUAACUCGCAUUCGUGCCGAAUGUCAAACAGACUUGGGCGCCGUAGUCUCUGGUCACUAUGUCGUGAAAACAUCCUUCGAAGCUGAUGAGUUUUCACGAAAAACUAUGGAACCGUACGAUAUUUUCAAUCGUGAAAUGUCUAUCUACGAAAAUGUGUUGCCCCGGCUGAAUGCCUUGUUAGUAGAAAUAGGUGACCACGACAAAAUCUUUGCUGAGACUAUAGCUGUUGAUCGUGAACGUUCUGCCCUCAUAUUCGAAGACUUGAAUGUACGGGAAUUUGUAAUGCCUAACCGCUUAGCUGGGCUGAAUAUGAAUUUGUCAAAGAUGGUGCUGCGCAAAAUAGCAAAAAUGCACGCUUCUUCCGCAGUAUUGAACGAGCGAGAAAAUGGCUGUCUUGAAACCUUUGAUCGUGGUUUCUUCAAUAGGCAUACAAACAAUUAUAUGCCUGGCUUUGAAGGCCUAUUGAUGGCUUGCAGUCGACAUGCUGCAAAGUGGGACGGCUAUCAGUAUUACGCGAACAAGUUAAUGGCUCUGAAAUCUAAGUAUGCCGAAUUGGGAAAACAAGUAUUUGAUCCUAUUCCAGGUCAUGUGAAUGUAUUGGCGCAUGGUGAUCUCUGGACAAACAAUAUAAUGGUUAAAUACGACAAGAAUACUGGCGAACCAUUGGAUGUGACGAUUAUCGAUUUUCAAUAUGCUGCUUGGGGAUCACCGGCAUUAGAUCUGCAUUAUUUUCUCAAUACUUCAUUGGAGGAGGAUAUGCAUUUGAAUCAUCAAGAUGAACUCAUUCAAUGUUAUUAUGAAACUUUUUCGGACACAUUAAGCAAAUUGCAGUAUCGAGUUAAAAUUCCAAGCUUACACCAGUUUCAUUUGCAGCUUGAAGAAAAAGCAUUUUACGCGUUUCACUCAACUUGCGUUAUUUUAGCGGUUCAGCGAAACGAAGAUACCGAAGACGCAGAUUUUAAAGCGAUUAUGCAGAACGACCAGCGAGCUACUCGCUUCAAAGACACAUGCUUUAGAAAUAUUUAUGUUCAACAUAUAAUAAAAACUCUUCUACCCAUAUAUGAACGACGUGGUUUACUAGAUCUUGAGCAAUAGUUUAAUUGGUUUUCUUGUGAUAUCUAAUAUUUUUGUUAUAAAGUAAGAAACUAAAGACACAUUCUACGAAUAAUGAAAUAUUUUAAGAUCAAUAAAUAUGUAAAAAUGUUACAUACAUGGUAGUAUUUACCAAA